AAAUGUUGAGGGACCCAUUAUUGUGUUUGGCUACUGUAUGGAAUUGGGUAUGGUGGCUACCAUACGCCACGGUAUGAUGGUGUUGAAUGCAAGAAAUGAAUCCAAAGUCAGACUCAGAGUCAGACUCACUCACUGACUCGCUCGCUCUUUCUUUCUGAUUUUGAAUAACUGACUGACUCAAUGCUUCUGUUAAAUCUACCCAACGUCUUUUCAUUCAUUAUUUAAUUAGUAAUACCCAUUAAUAACCGUCACUGACCCUUCUUCUUCUUCAUUUUCUUCUUAUUGAAUAAUCGUAACCUCCUUUCCCCUCCAUUAAUACCCUUUUCUUUGCUUUUUUUCUUCUUGUUUCUUGUGGUCAAUCAGUAAAUUUUUGUGUUCCAGCAAACAAAUAUGGGGGGUUCAUCUUUUCUUCCAAGUCUUGGACCCUUUAUGGACAAUGUCAGUCCAACUUGGCUGGCGUCCAUCCUUUCGGGUAUCAUCAUGUGCAUAACUGUGUAUCAAUUAACAGGUUUUGUUAGCGCUUUGUGCUUUAAAGGAUAUGGGAAGCUCACCAAAGUGCAAACAAUGGAAUGGAACAAUCGGGGCUUCUCCACAUUUCAUGCUCUUUUUGUGGCGUCAGCUUCUUUCUACCUCUUGGUAUUAUCAGGUCUUUUUGAUGAAGGUUCUCAAGAAGAGUCGAUCCUUUACAGAAACUCGGUCGUAUCAAACUCUGUAUUAGGGAUCUCUAUUGGUUAUUUCCUGGCAGAUCUGGCAAUGAUCAUUUGGUAUUUUCCAGCUCUAGGUGGUCUUGAGUAUGUUUUGCACCAUGGGCUAUCAAUGUAUUCAAUAAUUCUCUCCCUUAUAAGUGGUCAAGGACAGUUUUAUAUUCUAAUGGUUCUGUUCACAGAGAGCACAACUCCUUUUGUAAACUUAAGAUGGUACUUGGAUCUUGCUGGUCAGAAAAACUCUAAAGCAUACGUCUGCAAUGGAAUCCUCUUGUUCGUGGGCUGGCUGGUGGCAAGGGUUAUCUUGUUCGUAUACUUUUUCACGCACAUGUUCAUCCACUUUGAUGAGGUGAAAAAUAUAUUUCCCCUGGGUUUCUACAGCAUGCUUGUAGUUCCACCUGCGCUAUCAAUAAUGAAUAUCAUCUGGUUUUGGAAAAUAGCAAGAGGCUUACUUAAAACUCUUUCAAGACCUAAAACACACAGUCAGUGAUCUGCCAUUCGACUUGAUCAUCGGAUUUUGACGUCGGAGCGUUAAAUACAGUGCACAGGUAAUGUUAAUUGAAAUAGUUUUGAACAUAUAAAAUUUUGUUCUACCAAAAUGUAUAUUUCAAUUCAAUUGUACAUUAGAUUUUGAUUGAGGGACAACGAAUGUGCAAAUGGAUCAAAUGUUCUAUUUUUCUUUUAUCAGAAAGUUGACCGGUCUAUAUCAGUUAACAACAUA